AUGUGCGAACUUCAGAUGAAUACCAAGUUCAUGCUCUUCGUCAAGGAAACCAGCGGGCACCGAAGCUUCGAGAUCAAGCGCCAGCUUGUCGCCGAUGUUGCAGCCAAUAACACGACCAGGUGCAGGAAAACCUUGAAGUGGGCCGAUCAGCCAGAGGCAGCUGCCUGCAUGUGUGUAUGCGUGCCACCUUUCUCUCCGGGCAUUGGAGCAGAGCUUGUAGUUUCCACUCAUGAGGCUAUCCAAGCUGUGCUCGACGAGCGCAAGUCUCCCCUUCUGCAUUGCGCAGCUGCAAAUGGAAACGCAGAUCUUGUGCAGCUUGACUUCAAGAGCCUCUUCCUGGAGUACAGGGCAGAUGUCAACCUCACCGAUGUGGAGACCGGGCGAACAGCGCUGCAUGAGGCGAUGUACCACGCCCACUCCUGUGCCGCAUGGGCGCUGAUCAGCGCUAACGCCUGUCAAAAUAAGCUGGACAAGGACGGCCGGCGCCAGCGCGAGAUGCAGGGUGUGUGGGGGCCAGCUGCGCGUCAGGCUUCUGUGCUUGCGUUCAAGACUUUCCGCUUGGAGGAGCUGCAGCGCUCCAACAAAGCCUUCGAAGCAGAGGUCAAAAAGCGUCUGCAGAACAGCUCCGAGCUCGUCACCUUGCGCACCACUCAGCCGGCCUUCGACGGUGACGAGGCCAAGGUGCUGGAAAAGCUCCGGGACUGGAAAGACCCCGACACUGAAAACGAGAAUGGCCGGCGGCCCUUGCAUCAG